AAAUGGCCAUUUUCACUGUCACACCCCAAAACCAAAACUAAAACUAAAACAAUCCUCUUCUUCCUUUAUGGCCUCCAUGAUGAUCACCACAUACCAACGCAUAGCCUUUGUGUUUUUCUUCUCCUUCCUCUGUUUCUACAACCUGUUUUCCCGUGCUGCAAGCUCCAGAAUUAGGAUCACACGGGGUGACAUGAUUAGAGACAGAGAGGGUGAAACGUUGGUAUCAGAAAGUGUCAACUUCGUGAUGGGUUUCUUCAGUUUGGAUAACUCCUCUUCCCGUUACGUUGGGAUUUGGUACUACGACAUUCCUGGACCUGCUGUUAUAUGGGUUGCAAACAGAGACAACCCCAUCAAAGACACUGCAGGCUCCAUCACUGUUGCAAGGGAUGGCAAUUUGGUUGUUCUUGAUGGAGGGAUGAACCAAGUUUGGUCGAGCAAUGUUUCCAUUCAGAACAGCAAUAACUCAGAAGCAGUGCUUCAUGAUGAUGGCAAUCUUGUUCUUUCAAGUGCUAAGAAAGAGGUGUGGCAAAGCUUUGAGAACCCAAGUGAUACAUAUGUGCCUGGUAUGAAAGUGCCAGUGGGUGUUCCGAUGGGGAAGAGCUAUGUGUUCACGUCAUGGAAAUCAGCAACGGAUCCUUCACCUGGGAAUUACACUAUGGGGGUUGAUCCUGAGGGGUUACCCCAGAUAGUGGUGUGGGAGGGACAGAAAAGGAGAUGGAGAAGUGGAUACUGGGAUGGUAGAAUAUUUCAAGGAGUGUAUAUGACAGGAGGUUUGCUCUAUGGUUUUACACUUAAUGGAGAUGGUAGAGGAGGAAGGUACUUUAUAUACAACCCCUUGAAUGGCACUGAUAAGGUGAGGUUUCAAGUGGGGUGGGAUGGGUAUGAAAGGGAAUUCAGGUGGAAUGAGGCUGAGAAACAUUGGAGUGAGAUUCAGAAAGGGCCUUUGAAUGAUUGUGAGGUUUAUAACAAGUGUGGCAGUUUUGGAGCUUGUGAUUUGUCCACUUCGGGUUCACCUGUUUGUAGCUGUAUAAGAGGGUUUGAGCCAAAGCAUAGGGAUGAGUGGGAUAAGGGGAAUUCGUCUGGUGGGUGUGAGAGGAUCACUCCACUCAAGGCUCAGAGGAAUGCUACUUCUGGGACUGAGGUUAGUGUUGGAGAAGAUGGUUUCUUUGAUCGUAGGUCUAUGAAGUUGCCCGACUUUGCACGUGUGAUUAGCACGGAUGAUUGUGAGAGUGAUUGUUUGAAGAAUGCUUCUUGCACUGCCUAUGCAAAUGUUCUUGGGAUUGGGUGCAUGGUUUGGUAUGGGGAGUUGGUCGAUAUUCAACACUUUGAAAAUGGAGGAAAUACACUGCACAUUCGUCUCGCUGAUUCUGAGUUAGGUGAUGGAAGAAGAAAGAACAGGAUUGUGAUCAUAUCAGCUGUUGUGGCAGGAUUAAUCUGCCUUGGAAUCUUUGUAUGGCUGGUAUGGAGGUUCAAGGGAAAACUUCAAGUUUUGCCUACAGUUUCCUCAGCUUCAUGCUGCAAGAAUAGUGAUGUACUGCCAGUCUUUGAUGCAAGCAAGAGCAGAGACAUGUCAGCAGAAUUUUCAGGAUCCGCUGAUCUUAGUUUGGAGGGGAACCAACUAAGUGGACCAGAGUUUCCACUUUUCAAUUUUAGUUGCAUUUCAAUUGCCACAGACAAUUUCUCAGAAGAAAAUAAGCUCGGGCAAGGGGGCUUUGGUCCUGUCUACAAGGUAAAAAUGCUUCCUUUUAUUCCCAUCUUUCAUUUAAAAUGUAAUAAAAUUAUUUGUUCCAUUUCCCAGGGAAAGCUUCCAAGUGGAGAACAAAUAGCUGUUAAGAGGCUUUCAAGACGGUCUGGCCAAGGGUUAGAAGAGUUCAAGAAUGAAAUGAUGCUGAUAGCCAAACUACAACACAGAAAUCUGGUUAGACUAAUGGGUUGUUCUAUUCAAGGGGACGAGAAGUUGCUGGUAUAUGAAUACAUGCCCAACAAAAGCUUGGAUUGCUUUUUAUUUGAUCCAGUCAAACAAACACAACUAGACUGGAACAGACGCAUUGAAAUCAUUGAAGGCAUUGCGAGAGGAUUGCUUUAUCUGCACCGGGAUUCAAGACUCAGAAUAAUUCACCGAGAUUUAAAAGCAAGUAACAUUUUGUUGGAUGAAAACAUGAACCCCAAAAUAUCAGACUUCGGCUUGGCCAGGAUUUUUGGCGGGAACCAGAAUGAAGCCAAUACAAAUCGAGUGGUCGGUACAUACGGUUAUAUGGCACCUGAAUAUGCAAUGGAAGGUCUGUUUUCAGUGAAAUCUGACGUAUAUAGUUUUGGUAUAUUACUACUAGAGAUUUUGAGUGGCCGAAGAAACACUAGCUUUCGUCAAUCAGAUGACUCAAGUCUCAUAGGAUAUGCUUGGCAUCUUUGGAAUGAACAUAGAGCAAUGGAGCUAGUUGAUCCUUGCAUCCGUGCUUCUAGUCCUAAGAACAAAGCUUUGAGAUGCAUACACAUAGGGAUGUUGUGUGUGCAAGAUUCAGCAGCUCAUAGACCAACCAUGUCUUCUGUGGUGUUGAUGCUGGAGAGUGAAGCAACAGCUCUUCCCUUGCCUACGCAACCUUUGAUUACUUCCAUGAGGAGAUCUGAGGACAGAGAAUUUUAUAUGGAUGGUCUUGAUGUUUCAAAUGAUUUGACAGUCUCAAUGGUGGUAGGGAGAUGAUAGAGAUAGUAGAUACAAUCAUUCAUUCCCUUUCUGUAUCAUUUUUGUUUGCACUUCUCUUUCACCCUACAAAUCUUACACAAGGCUCAUUGUUUUACUUUUCCCCUUGUGGCCCAACUGAAAUCAAACUAUACCCUUAAGAUU